AUGAGCAAUCCGAAAAAAAGUCUGCCUGUAACAACGACAAGAUCAGUCUUAGUGAUUAUUGUUGCAUCAGCAAAUUCAGAAAGUAGUAUCAAUCCUUAUUUAAAGGCAAGUAAUCAGUCAAAAUGGUCUGAAACUGGUGAGUUUCGUUAUAGACGAUGUAUCCAUGCAGUGUCCUUAUUGGAAAACGGAAAUGUUAUAGUCACCGGUGCAGGUUCUGGAUAUUAUUUGCAUACCACAGAAUUGUUUCACUCAUCCACACGCAAUUGGACAAAUGGUGCUAUGUCGAAUGAUGGACGUGGACUAAAUGAUGAUUUUGCCUAUUCAAACACCGCUGAAUUAUAUGAUCCAAUGACAGGAACAUGGAAAUUCGUUGCUAGUAUGCCGAGUCCAGCGCGUCUUCAUGCAAUUGUUUAA